ACAGGGAAACUGUUCGGCGUUUUAUAGCACACGCUGCAGCCCUUUAUCGGAGGGUUAAGCCUGGUACCGCCAAAGCAACUCUGCGCGACCCAAUCGCUUGAUCAUUUCCGCUGUGGUACCGUAGAGAAUAGGCACGCAUGUCGCCAACGACGCCAACACAUGCAGUGCGCUUGCACGACCGCGACGUCAGCGACCCAACGACGGUCAUAGAUUCGCCGGCAGACGCGCAAACAGUAAUCGAUCCAUCAACAGAAGUGCGACAGGAGGAACACAACAUUGGGAAGGAGCAGUUAUCCUCCACUUCAGCAGUCGAGCGUAGUAGGCCGGAUUUGGUCCUGAAGGAGGUCCCUCAGCCUGCGCAAGACAUCCCUCAUAAGCCACGGAACAAGGCGCCGAGGAGGGCGAUCGAGUACACGCUCAAAAAUGCAGAUCCACACGUGCGAUCAAACCCGUUUCGACGGCAUGCACGCCAGCUCGCCUUUGCGGCGCCAUACCCAGAUUCAGGGGUGGUACUAUCGAGGGCUGAUGAGGGUGAGAGUGGGACACGUAGAGGGUGGAGAGCAUGGAAGCUACCCGGUCCGUUAUCAUUCGAUACCUGGCAAGGGUGGUACCUAGUUCUCUUCCACUGCAUUGGUGCAACUAUCAUCUCGGGAGCGGUCAACUUUGGCAUUGCAUGUGCGAUGUAUCGGUCACAAUCUGACAUUACAUAUUGGGUGCUCGCACGAAAUACAGUGGCUGGCGACAUGGGCGUAACAGUCCUGAUCCAGUCGAUCGUGACGUUCGUUAUUACUUCAUCUAUGGUCCACUCAGAUCUGACAACCGGAUCAGUAGCGCCGCUCUCGCGACCAUGGCCGCCACUGCUGCACCUUCCCAGCACACCUUCCCGGCGGGGCUUUGCAUUCUUCGGCACUCGCCUGCCCCUCUCCGUCCCCGAGGGCGAGUCACUGCCUAUGGGUCCACUGGGCACAAAUUGCGGAGCAUUCAAGCCCUAUGCACUCUGGAUCAUUCGCUCGGCAUACACUGGCUCUGAGCGCAACGAUCUCCUUGCGCCGGGUAUCUCGUGGCGCCAGCGCCUCGAGCGGCUCGUCUGGACCGCCGCGCAAGGGCUCUUGAUCGGCGUAAUCGUCUUUCCCUGGUUCUGGGGCAUCGCCAUGGCUAUUACCGCGCCCAUCUACAGCGCCAGAAAUUUGGGUCACACGUGGGCUCCCCAGGUGAUCAAGCUGAUUUACGGCGGCUUGCUUGGCCUCGUCACCAAUCCGUUCAUCGCGUUGAUGGCGAUGGGCGCGGAGAGCAGCGUUAAGAGAGCCUAUCCCGAACUCAACAUUUGGCAGCAAGAAGGGCAAGGCCCCCAUGCAGAAUAUAUCCACGCAUAAUGUCCUUACCCAGAAUUCUUAAGAGUUCAGAAUUACCCGCACCCGCAUUGAAAAAAAUAGGUUUACUUGCCUUAUAAAAGACGAUAAUCAUAAUGACCAUGCAUUUCUCCUUCCUUUUGCAACAACAUGAUAAUGAAGAAACGAGGUCUAUACAUAGAUCGACCCACGAUCAAUCUGUGACGUGCAAAUGUGCGUUGAAGCUCCCAGCUGUGCGGUGUGCAAAAAUCAAAAAAAACAAGAGACAAUAUCAAAAGAGG